ACGACGAGCGCGCAUCACGGAGGAGGCUGGCACGGUGGCAAUACUGCCUACAGGAAUCCACUUACAGAGUCACCGAGGGGGCAGAAAAUGCGCUGAGAGGGUUUUUUUGGCGGACGCAUCAUCAGAGGAUCUCUGGACGUCGCGCGGUCUGUUGCCAGUCCAGAACCUGCGCGGAAUCGCUGGGAUUGCUGGAGAAGGAGCCACUCCGGGGGCAACUUUCGGUUUCCGACGAGACGUCUGAGGAGAUGAACACCGCCGAUGCCAAGGAGUACCUCGCCAGACGAGAGAUACCCCAACUGUUUGAGAGUUUGCUGACAGGUUUGAUGUACUACCGGCCCGAUGACCCCAUCGACUACUUGGAGGGCUGCCUGAAGAAGGUGAGAGAGCUGGGAGGGACCGACAAGGUGCGGUGGGACACUUUUGUGGGCCAGGAGAAGAAGUCCCUCCCGCCCCUCAACGGGGGCCAAUCGCGCAGGUCCCUCUUCAGAAACGUGUUGCCCGACAGCCCCAAUUUUCCGUACAGGCGGUACGAUCGUCUGCCCCCCAUCAGCCAGUUCUCCAUCGAGAGUGACUCGGACCUGUCGGAGACGGCCGAGCUCAUAGAGGAGUAUGAGGUGUUCGACCCGUCCAGACCGAGGCCCAAAGUCAUCCUCGUCAUCGGAGGCCCUGGCAGUGGGAAGGGAACACAGAGCCUGAAGAUCGCCGAGCGCUACGGCUUCCACUACAUGUCUGUGGGCGAGCUGCUGAGGAAGAAGAUGAUCCACAACGCCACCAGUAACCGCAAGUGGAGCUUGAUCGCCAAAAUCAUCACCAAUGGAGAGCUGGCACCACAGGAGACUACCAUCACAGAGAUCAAGCAGAAGAUCAUGAAGAUACCGCAAGCCGCGGGGAUCGUGAUCGAUGGGUUCCCGCGCGACGUCGGACAGGCCCUGUCUUUUGAGGACCAGAUUUGCACCCCUGACCUGGUGGUGUUCCUGGCCUGCGCCAACCACCGCUUGAAGGAGCGCCUGGAGAGGCGUGCCGAGCAGCAGGGUCGUCCGGACGAUAAUCCCAAGGCCACGGAGCGCCGCCUCACCAACUUCAAACAAAACACCAUCCCUCUGGUCAAAUACUUCCAGGAGAGGGGCCUUAUUGUCACGCUGGACGCCGACCGAGAUGAAGAGGAGGUUUUCUCAGAAAUCAGCAUGACUCUGGACAACAAGCUGUUUCCCUCCAAAGAGCCCGUUGCUGGUCCCAGUGAACUGGACCUCAACCUGCUGGGUGAAACCAGCAGUCUGGCGGAUCUCGCCUGCAAGUAUGAUGAACAGGUUGAGGAGGGAGGAGCAGCUGAAUAUGCUGAAGGAUCUACUGAAAGUUUCUGCGCAGAACAGAAGACACCAAAGAUCAUCUUCAUGAUAGGCGGGCCGGGUUCGGGGAAAGCGCUCCAGUGUGAGAGGAUGGAGGAGAGGUUCGGCCUGCGCCGAGUCACCCCGGCUGACCUGAUCUGUAACGAGCUGCAGUCGGAUGGCGAGCGGGGUCGCUUCCUACGGGACGCCCUGGAGAGGGGCGAGCAGCUCCCCGAGGACACGGUGCUGGACCUGCUGUGCGAGGCGGUGGCAUUGUCCGUGCAACAGGGGAAAGGCCUGGUGAUCAGCGGCUUCCCCAGAGUCGCCAGACAGGCCGAGGAGUACGAGGCCAAGAUGGGGGAGCCCAGUGCGGUGCUGCUGCUGGACUGUUGUUCUGACACCAUGUCCGACCGCCUUCAGGGUCGUGAUCGGUUCUCCUCGAGCUCCAGCUUCCAUCUCGAUGGAGACAGAGAAAGAAAGGGCAUCCUCGAUAGGAAGGCUGAGAGCUUCUGCAGUGACGUCCAGCCUGUGGUCACACACUAUGAACGCCGGAGGCUUCUGCACAGGAUUGACGCGGAGAGGUCACCAGAGGAGGUGUUUGUGGAGAUCUGCCGAUCCAUAAACACAUGUAAGGGGCUCUAGAUGUGACGGAAACUCACCGCUGCACCCUGCUCGUCCCCAAGGACCAGCAACUUAUGUGUGAAGAACUCCCUUUCUCUCUCAACCAUUACUAGUCGGUCAAUGGAGGCUCACGCCACACACAUGCAUAACCCUCGCACCAUGCAUCAUACACAGAUUGCUCGUUGAACUGCGGCCGGUCAAAAUGCAUGUCUCAAUCUCUCAGUGUCUUCGAGCUCUAGUGGCAGACGUUGUCAACAAAACCUACUUCUGUUUGUGAUGGCAAAGAAGCGGCACACACUCACGCACGGCUUUGUCCACUUGCAUCAUCUCUCUCUCUCUCAUCUUGGUAUUGGCCUGUCAAGGGUAUAUGCUGCCAACCGCCUGAACUCCCGGGUAAAUAACUGUGCUGAGAAAAUAGCAGGGCCUGCUGUGACUGGGAGCCGGUGCCGGGCUGCACGCCGAAACUCUUCAGAAUGAAUGUUCUGCUUUCCCCAAGGCAAAAUAAGAGGGCUUCUGCCAUGCUAAGAAAAAAAAAAGCAAAAUGUCAAACAGUAUGUGGGCAACAAGAGCACAUGAUGUGCGUUCACGCUCUCAUUCACAGCACGCCGUCUAUAGUAGUAAGCAUGCAAGAAUUACAAUCAAGCUUACCGCCUUGUUGUGCAUUAUAUGGAAAGAAGCAUAUAAACGUGUAUAUUAUGGCUGUCUGCAAGCUUCUCUUAUGGGACAAUGUCAAAUUUCAGUGCUUGUUUUAAGUUUGGAUAUUUAACAAUCAAUAAAUAUUGUUUGCUAAGUAGUGUUUUUUUGGAGUCUGUGCCCUGAUGUGUCCUGUAUGAUCACAACUGAUGUGACAGUGCCACCUGCUGGUGGCUUACUCACAACAACGGUAAUGUUAAGUGAUG